AUGCAUACCGUGUUUCGCAUAGGUGACAUUGAACAGGUGGAAAACGGACUGUGGCAAAUAACAUUGGCAUCGACUGAUAAUAAUGAUCAACAAUUGAAGCUUCUCACCGAACGCUUAAGAACAGAGAUCGGAUCGGGAACAGGAUGGCAUCGAUUGAGUCAAUUAAUGAUCAAGAUGGGCGAGUUCAAUAAGGCCGAAGAAGUCUCCCAAGCAUUACUCGAUGGAGCAUCUGACGACGAUGCGCGAACAAAGGCUGUUUGUCAUCAUCAACUUGGAUAUGUUAAUGACGAAAAGGGCGAUCUAACAAAAUCUCUUUUUCAUUAUAGACAAUCUCUCGACAUUAGUCUGACCUAUCUAUCUCCCGAUGAUCCUUCGCUUGCUUCGACUUAUUCAAAUAUUGGAAGUAUAUACAAAAAACAGAAUGAUCUUAACGCAGCUCUCGAAUGUUUUCAGCGAGCGCUAAACAUCGAUCUUCAUGUCUCUAAACCUGAUAAGCUUCAGAUCGCUACUCAUUACAAUAACAUUGGUCUUGUGCUUAAACAACAAGAUAAAUAUGAUGAAGCACUAAAAAAUUAUGAGCGUGCACUAGAAAUCAAACUCGCUCAUCUUCCACCACGUCAUCCAUCAUUGGCUACUGCUUACAGCAAUAUCAGCGGGAUUUAUCAAUCAAGAAAAGACUAUUCAAAAGCGCUCUCAUUUCUUGAGAAGACCCUUGAAAUCAAACAGAAAUCGCUUCCACCGAAUCAUCCAUCGUUAAUCGCGACUCAUCGCAACAUAGCAACAGCAUUGGAUGGUCUCCAUCGAUCUGAGGAAGCUGUUCAACAUGCGCAGCAUGCAGUUGACAUUGCACGGCGUGCAUUUGGAACUGAUCAUUCGGAAGUAAAAGACAAUCAAAAAUACCUUGAUGAACUUCGUCAAAAACUCUGA